CGCCCGUCUCUCUUCAUACAACUCCUAGAAUGCCUCGACCAGUACAAAUCCUCGACGACGCCCUUGGCGCUGUCGGUAACACCCCUCUCAUUCGGCUGGACAAGAUUGCGAAAGCGGAAGGUCUUCAAUGCAAUCUCCUCGGAAAAGUCGAAUACACCUCUGCAGGUGGCUCAGUGAAAGAUAGAAUAGCGAAGCUGAUGGUUGAGCAAGCGGAGAAGGAGGGCAAGCUCAUCCCCGGCCACAGCGUCGUAAUUGAGCCGACUUCUGGCAAUACCGGAAUUGGUCUUGCUAUGGCAUGUGCAGUCAAGGGAUACUCCGUAAUCAUUACGUUGCCUAACAAGAUGUCACUUGAGAAAGAAGCCGCACUGCGGGCAUUAGGGGCGGAGGUGGUCCGUACCCCCACCGAGGCAGCCUGGGACUCCCCGGAGUCACACAUAGGAGUCGCCCAGAAAUUGCAACGUCAGAUUCCUGGUGGGAUUAUCCUCGACCAGUACCGCAACAUUAACAAUCCUCUCGCCCAUGAGUUGACCACUGGCCCUGAGAUCAUCGAGGCUGUUACCGCCACCCCUUCAACGCCGGCCAAGCCCUCCUCGAGAAUGGUCGACGUUAUCAUCGUUGGUGCCGGCACUGGUGGGACUAUCACAGGUAUCUCCCGUGCCAUCAAGAAGACCCAUAACCCAAAGUGUAUCAUUGUCGGCAUCGAUCCGAAAGGUAGCAUUCUCGCCUAUCCUGACGCGCUGAACACCGACGAUGCUGGCAAGCUCUAUAUCGUUGAAGGCAUCGGCUACGACUUCAUCCCGGACGUGCUCUCGCGCGACCCCAAGGACGUUGACCAUUGGAUCAAGACUGCUGAUGAGGAAUCAUUCGAGGCGGUCCGGAAGCUCAUGCGCCUGGAAGGUCUCCUUGUCGGCGGUAGCAGUGGCAGUGCUCUCAGUGGUGCUCUGGAGUGGCUGAAGAGUGAGCAAGGCCAGAAGAUUGCUCAGACUAAGGGUGCAAACGUCGUAGUCUUACUGCCGGACGGCAUUAGGAAUUAUAUGAGCAAGCCUUGGUUCCUCAAGAUGGCUCUUGAAGCCGAGCCUUCAUCUCUAGCCAAGCAGAUCGCUCAUAUCUUGAAGGACAAUAAGAGCGAGGUGGAGACCACCUCCGAGCCUCUUGCGCGGGGUAUCGCUGCACGCACACAGCCUAAUAUUGCGAACAGGCCUGACGCUCCUGAUGAGAUCUCAAAGUAACUUCUCGACGAGCUGUUCGUUCGCCCACCCAUAGACUACCUUAACCAUUGUUAUGUUCGUCCUAUCAGCAGCUGUUGACUGUUGCGAUUCAUAUCAAACGUUCGUUAUACACGAAGUCUUGUACCGACGCACACCUUAUCUUUUACGAUGGAAUUUGAGCGGCACGAUAUUCAC